AAUCCAUUGUCUAGACGCCCUUGUCGAUUUAGGUUUGGAUUUGUGUCUCAAAAUAACGUUUAUUUUAUUAAUGUGCGUUUACAACUGUCUUUCUUAUCUGAAAUAGACACUUGAUAUUUGAGGAUAUAUGGUUUUUGAAUGCUGAUGUUGCAUAUUUAACUGAAAAUCAGUGGAAAUAUUUUCCUUGUUUUCAACCUCGUCAACCAAAAUGGCGCACAUAAUCUCGAUAAAAAAUGGAUCGGCAAGAAAGUAGCCGAGGAAUGGAAAACAGAUGAGCUGAUGGCAAUCUGGUUGCCAAUCUGGCAGUACCAGGGUAAUUGCCAUUGUGGUGCCUAACCAGAAGUUGCAUUUCAACAUGACCAGUGCUGGGUCCAGUCGCAAACGGAUCAAGCUGGAAGAAGUCCCUGCUUCAGAUGACGAAACAGCCAUAAAGAGGAAACGCAUUUUGAGCGAAAAGCUUUCACAGUUGCUAGAAGUAAAGGAGAGCUACUAUGACAACUUGACAGAAUGUUUCUUUCUUCAAAAUGGGGGUCAGAUGAUGGACUACUAUCCAUGGCGAAAAAAGCCAACACCUCAACUGGUUGCUUUUCUCAAAUCUGGCCGUCUAGAUAGUGACGACGAAGACGAUAACCCUGUUGUUUAUCUCAAAGAGAGCAAAACAACUGAGGAUGUUAAAUCAUCUGACUCUGGUUCCAGUUGUUUACUGUCAACUCCAGAUGGUUCACAGACAAUCAAAACACAGACAACCAUUCCUGUAUCUCAUACACUUAAUAACCCUGCUGCUAUAGUACCUGCAAUGGUACUGACAGGCACAAAGGCCGUUUCAACGUCCCAGAGCAUACAUAGGUCGAUGUCUGACACCAAACUCCUGACAUUGGGAUCAAACAAGACUCCCACAUCAGUGUCUGGAAGUGAGAAAACAACUUCCCCAGGGAGCCAGAAGCAAGUCAGCUAUGAUGGAACUGUGAUCAGAGGCAUUUCUUCGCAGGAGGCCAUAGUUGAAAGAGCCAAACAGGCAACACAAGUGAUGAGUCGCGUAGCUGAGUUGCGAAAGGAAGGUCUGUGGUCAACCAGACGAUUGCCGAAGGUACAAGAACCUCCGCGACCAAAAACACACUGGGACUACCUACUGGAGGAGAUGCAAUGGCUCGCAGCUGACUUUCACCAGGAGCGCAAGUGGAAAAAGACAUGCUCUAAAAAGAUUGCCAAGAUGGUUCAGAAACAUUUCCAAGAUAUUGAACAGCGAGAACUUAAGGCAGAGAAGGAGGAAGGCAUGAGGCUUAAGAGGAUAGCCAGUCAAAUGGCAAAAAUGGUUAAGGAGUUCUGGACCAACAUUGAGAAGGUUGUGCAAUACAAGCAGAAUAGUCGUCUUGAUGAGAAGAGAAAGAAGGCGAUGGACCUGCACCUGAACUUCAUUGUAAACCAGACUGAGCAAUAUUCAACCUGGCUGUCUGAGGGUCUCACCCAGGCCUCAAACUCUGGAUCUCGUAACACCACACCGGACCCCUCUGUAGCUGGAGAUGAUGAGUUCCGUCCUGAUGACAGCGAGUCAGAUGAUGAGGAAACGAUUGAAAAAGAUGAACAAGGAAUUAAUGAGGAAGACACAAUGGAUGAAGUAGCAGCCCUACAAAAGGAGAGUGAGCUUCCCAUUGAAAGCCUGAUUGAAAGUCUUCCAAAGGAAAUCCUUGAAAAUCCAGCAAGCAUUCCCUCGGAUUCAGAGCAUGAAGAGGAGCAAACUACUGUUAAGGACAAGGAUGAAGAGUUUGACGGUAAGGAGGAGAGUGAGAGUGAUGUGGAAGAAACAAUUGAAGAGCAAGAAGAACAAGAGGAAAAAGACUAUGAUGCUGAGCUAGAUGAUCUAAAGAAUGAAGGUGAUUUGGACAUAGAAGCAUUGCGAGCGAAGUAUUCCGCUGCCUACGAUGAUGACUUUGAGAUGCCUCGAGAUAGCGAUGAAGAGUCGACAGACAUUAACGCAUCAGAAGAUGAAUCAGAAGAAGAGGAGGAGGAAACUGAAAUAGAGGAAGAGGAGGAAGCAGACGAGGAGGAAGAUGUGGGUUUAGAGGCGCUUGUUCCUGAAAAACAACCAAAGAAAGAGGGUGAGGAUGUAGUAGGCCAGGAGUUGUCUGACAUUGCUGCUGAAGCUGCCAGUCUCCAGCCCAAAGGAUACACACUUCAAACUACAGAGGUGAAGACACCCAUUCCAUUCCUUAUAAAGCACAGUUUGCGAGAGUACCAGCAUGUAGGUCUAGACUGGCUGGCUACCAUGUAUGAGAAAAGGCUUAACGGUAUCCUCGCAGAUGAAAUGGGUCUUGGCAAAACAAUUCAGACCAUUGCCUUGCUGGCUCAUCUUGCUUGUGAGAAAGGCAUAUGGGGUCCCCAUUUGAUAGUUGUUCCUACCAGUGUGAUGCUGAACUGGGAAAUGGAGUGUAAAAAAUGGUGCCCUGCAUUCAAAAUACUUACAUACUACGGGAGCCAAAAGGAACGGAAACAGAAAAGAACGGGUUGGACAAAAACAAAUGCAUUCCACAUCUGUAUUACUUCCUACAAGCUUGUGAUUCAGGACCACAACGCAUUCAGAAGAAAGAAGUGGAAGUACUUGAUUCUUGAUGAGGCUCAAAACAUCAAGAAUUUCAAGUCCCAGCGAUGGCAAUGUCUACUCAAUUUCAACAGCAUGCGACGACUACUGCUGACAGGCACACCUCUCCAGAACAGCCUGAUGGAGCUGUGGUCCCUCAUGCACUUUCUUAUGCCCCAUGUGUUUCAAUCUCAUAAAGACUUUAAGGAGUGGUUUGCCAACCCACUCACUGGCAUGAUCGAAGGGAGCCAUGAAUAUAAUGAGAAUCUCAUCAGGCGUCUUCACAAGGUUUUGCGUCCUUUCCUGCUGCGCAGAUUGAAGGAUGAUGUGGAGAAGCAAAUGCCGAAGAAGUAUGAGCAUGUGGUCAUGUGCCACCUCUCCAAGAGACAGAGAUUCCUGUACGACGAGUUCAUGGCUCAGGGAAAGACAAAAGAAACCCUGGCCUCUGGUCACUUCAUGAGUGUGAUCAACAUUCUCAUGCAGUUAAGGAAAGUGUGCAAUCAUCCGAGCCUAUUUGACCCGCGACCGAUUAUCUCCCCCUUACAGAUGGAGGGAUUAGUGUAUAACACUGCCUCCCUUGUUCUCCAUGUGAUCAAAUAUAACCCCCUAAAGGACCUUGACCUGCACAGAUAUCCAGGCCUUGCUGAAAUGGAGCGGGACCUACCAGCGUUUAUUGCACACAGGGUGCGGAAGCUGCAAACUAACAGGCGCCUUAUUGAGGAGAUUGAGGUUCAGCCUAGUCCACCUCCAAGGCCCCUGCCUGGCAAACUGAAGGUCAACGCAAUAAGAUCUGUGUCCCCAGCUGUUCAGGCUGGUCAAUCAUCUCCCGCACUCGGCAGUAGGUCAGCGUCACCGGCUCCCUUGGUCAAACCUGCCACAACAGCGUCAGCUCAGGCCCCUUUACAGCCUGCUGCUAACACUCAGAACUCGGCAUCGAGUGCGGUACCCAGCUCCCAGCCGAUCACAGUACAGAUUCAGCAUACAGAUCAGGGGACCAGGCUUGUGCUUCCCUCAAGUCAGAUCUCACAGCUUCCUGGUUUCAUUCAGCUUGUUCAAACAUCUGCUGGAUCAAGUGUUCCAACAUCUAUUAACAUUUCAACUACAGCCUUGGUGAAUGGUUCCCCAGUUGUGACUAUGGCCAGCUCAGGUGGGAAGCCAAUGGUUUCCAGCGUGAUGUCCCAAGUGAAGAUGUCAUCAGGGAUUCAGGGUGGUGCCCAGAACCCUGUACAGUUGCCAAUGGGAACUGGAAACCAGGGGCAAAAGCCUGUCAUGAGGGUCUCGCCCCUUACCGGACAGCACAUGGGCAGUGAUGGAAUGGUGUUCACAACAGCAUCGACUACCUCGAGUACCUCCUAUGUGAUAUCGGGAGCGGGAAAGCCCCUGUCCUCUGUCACCCCGUCCUUACAAAUGAUCAAACACCUCGAGGCGAAGAAGAAAAGGUGCAGUCAACAGGAUUUCUUCAUGGAGCCCUUGUUCGACAAAAAGCAGAAAGCUAAGCAAGAGAAGCUCAAGUACAUUUCUCGAACAAACAAAAAUCAUUGUGAAAAGAAACCAGUGUACGGGCAAGAUCUGUGUGAUGCUGUGAACAUUUUCAAAGACCCAUACUCUAGUAAAUCAUAUAGAAAUCGUGACUUGACAAAGUGGCAAGGUCCAGGACAUAUACAUUGUUACUGUGCUAAAAAUUGUGAUCAACCUAAACACCCCAAGUAUUUAUGGAACCAAACCUCAGUGCUUUCAGACUUCAUUCACACUCCGGAACAAUACCUAGAAGAACUUCAAGAUGUAUUAGAAAGGUUUGUGUUUGCCACUCCGCCAUUGCAAUGCCCACCUAUCACGAUGCACACUUCCCAUCCCCCUCCCUCCUACCUGUCCAGGGAGGCUGCCCGGGAUGCACUGAUACGUUCAGAACUAUCGCCAAGGACAGUCAACUACCACAAGAUAAGCACAAAAAUGACAGUCCAGUUUCCAGAACUCCGGCUUAUUCAGUAUGAUUGUGGAAAGUUGCAAACACUGGAUAUCCUGUUGCACAGGUUGAAGUCUGGGGAUCAUAGAGUCCUAAUCUUCACCCAGAUGACCAGAAUGUUGGACAUUCUAGAGGCCUUCCUUAAUUACCACGGACACCGCUACCUCAGGCUGGAUGGAACCACCAAGAUUGAGGCCAGACAGCACCUGAUGGACAGGUUCAAUGCUGAUUCUCGAAUCUUUGUGUUCAUCCUGUCAACUCGCUCAGGUGGUGUCGGAGUGAAUCUGACAGGAGCUGACACUGUGAUAUUCUACGACAGUGAUUGGAACCCAACCAUGGACGCUCAGGCUCAGGACAGGUGUCAUCGUAUUGGCCAGACCAGGGAUGUCCAUAUAUACAGGUUGGUGAGCGAGCGGACAGUGGAAGAGAACAUCCUGAAGAAGGCCAAUCAGAAACGCAUGUUAGGAGAUAUGGCCAUUGAGGGUGGAAACUUCACCACUGCAUUCUUUAAACAGAACACAAUAUCAGAGUUGUUCACAGAGCCAUCUGGGCUGGACUCUUUGGUGAAGGAGAAAGAAGAAGAAGAAAAGGAGAAACAAGACAGAACAAGUCGAGCACAGCGCAGACAAGAACAGAAAAAGUCUGAUCCAACCGAGCAGGUUGCUUUACAGCAGUUUGAGAAGGCCUUGGCCAAUACGGAGGACGAGACAGAUCGUGUUGCAAUAGACCAUGUUAAAGAUGAGCAGAAGGAAGAGUUGGCAGAGUUUGAUGAGAACAUUCCGUGGGAGGAGGGCGAUAGAAAAGGAGAGGACGAAUCGCAUGUGGAAGUAGAGCUGGCCAUGUUAGAUAAAGAGUUGACACCCAUUGAGCGGUAUGCUGUGCAAUACACUGAGCAGAUGAUGGAACCAGUCAAUGAAGAGGAAUUGAAAAUAGCAGAGGAGGACAUUGAGACUGUCAAGAAGGAUUGGGAACUGAACCGACUGAAGGCUCUGAAGGAGGAAGAGGAGAGAAGAGCUGAAAUGGAGGAGGACGAGAUGUUGUACACCUACAGCCGGGAUGACGCCUAUCAACAGGUGUUCUUGUCGGAUCUCGACCAUGAACAAAUGCCUAUGUGGUCGCCGCCUACUCCUCCCCAUGACGACAAUGAUGUGUACAUGGAUCAGACACUUUACUUCUUGUACGAGCCGACAGUGAUGCCUGAGUCCCAGUUGCCGCCUGUCUACAUCAGGAAGGAGAGGAAGAAAAUCAAAGUGGAGGCCAUCACUACCCGCAAGCAGAAACAGAAGCGUGAGGAGCAGCCCAGAGUGCCGCGCUCACUAUUUGAUCGAGCUAAUGCCCAGCUGCAGCGUCUCAGGCGUGACGCAAAACUGCAGAAAAUGAAGAUGGGUAAUCUGAAGCAGUACCGGCCGGCUAUCCCUACCCUGCCACCCCGACAGCCUGUCAUGGAGCAGACUGCUGACCAUCCGGAGUGGCUCAUUCACGAGGACUGGGCUCUACUACAGGCUGUGCAGAGCUACUUUGAUGUACCCCUGAACCUGAUGAUAGUAAACCCAGCACACACUCCUAACUGGGACCUUGUAGCUGAUGUUGUGAAUAGCUGCAGCCGUGUGUAUCGUUCCCCGAAACAGUGCCGACUUCGUUACGAGUCUGUGAUUAUUCCCAGGGAAGAGGGCAGAAUCAUGUACGAUAUGACGCCACGGAAACAGAAGAAGCAGAAGGGCAUCUAUAAAGUGUCAAAGGGUAACAGAGCAAUGAAGACGGGUCAAAUAUACAGCCAGGACAACAACAACGGCCUGACAAUCCUGUACUCCCUGAGGUUUGACUCCACCAAAAGUAUAGCUACCAAGAGACCUCCCACCAUGCGCCAAACACUUGUAAACCCCACCAUGAAGAACCCCAAACAUGCAAGUGUACUACAGGAGAACAAUAUACAGUAUGAGCAGCCUCUGAACCCGAUGCAGGUGGCAGAGAUUCGAGCCCAGAGAAUACAGAGGGAAAAGAAAGAAAACCAGACUAAGCAAGCUGCAGCGGCAGCAGCAGCAGCAAGUGACCAGACUACAGCAGUGGCAGGUACCCAGCGUGUGGUCCAGCAGGGUGUGUUGACCGUAUCCCAGGGUCAAGCCACACCCACCAUUGUUGCCAUGUCGACAGCAGUCACUGCUGCCCAGCUGGCUACCAUCUGCACAUCUGCUGGAAAUGCUGCCACUGUACUGACUGUGACCGGCACCCCUCUAGCCCAGGCCACAUUGCGAGGGCGCGUACAGGAGAUCCCAGGCACAAAUGUUGUGGGCCAGGUCGGGGCGGGCGUAUCCCAGGUACGGGCCCAUCUCCCGACAUCUGUCACUGCUGUUACUACCUCCCUCACACAGAUACAACUUGCACAGAGGAUCACUGCAGCCACAACACUGGCCUCUGGUGCUACAGUUCAGCAACAGCUGCAGGCCACUGGUAAAACCCUGACCCCAGCCCAGUUCCAGGUACUGCAGCAACAGCAGCACCAUCAGACCUUGCUACGACAACAGAAACAACAGAACCCUGCUUUGCUACAGCAACAACAGUUGCGGACCAUGCAGAAACAGCCUACUGUGAUUGAUCCACGCCAGCAACAACAACAGUUCAGACCGAACAAGGGCAUGUUGAUACAGGGACAAAAGACAGUCAUCGCUCAACAACUUGUCACAAGCAGUAUUGCACAGCUUCUCCCCUUCCAGGGUCACCAGUUGAAGGCAGCGGUAGCCGGGGGUGUUCCGAUGACGCGGCCUGUGAGUCUGGAGGAUCUCAACCGCCUUAAACAACAGCAGCAACUUAACCAGCAAAAACUGGCUGCUGGCACAUCUAUUGCCCAGCUACACCACAAUACUGGACAGCUCCAGAGCACGCAGAUCAUUGCUGGUACCCAGCUGCAGCAGGUCAGCCAAGGCCAUGCCAAGUUGACGGGGCCUCAAACUGGGGCCACCCUAGUGAAAACUGUCACCGCACCCGCUGGCAGUGUUACAAUUCCUGUCAGUAACGUCAGCAUCAAUGUCAGCAUGCCACCUAAGGCUGGAGUCUCGAGGCAAAUAAAUCCCCAGACAGCUUUGUUACAACAACAACGGAAACAGAUCGCAGGCCAAAAAGGCCCUGCCCAGAGAGGACCAAUGUUGAAUGCAGUACAGAUCAUACAACAGCAAGGCCGCAGCUUAACUGUACAACAACUACAACAGCUUGUUAAACAGCAAUCCCAGGGCGCAACCAUCCAGCAGAUCAUACACACCUCCCAACCCACCAUUAUUGCCACAGUGACACAGAGCCAGGCCACGCCUCAGAUGGUCACUAAGGUGAUAGCUACUACAGCAACAAUUCAACCCACACAGUUUCAGCAGACUAUGCCUGCCUCAUGUUUUGCUGUGGCUGUCAGCGGUUCACCAACAGUGACAAGUGUGCCAGUAUCAUCCUCACAACUCGCCUCACUAACACAAGGACAGACCUCUCUCACUGCUGUUGUUAAGCCUGGCUCAGGCUCAGGAGGUGCAGAUGCUGUAACUACUGUUCAGAUUCACCCCAUCUCAUCUUUGUCACAAAGUAAACUUACUGGUAUGGCUCAGAAUGUUGUGGUGACUCCCAUACAGCAUGUGACAGCCACACACACUGGCACAGUGCAGGCUCAUGUACCGGCAGCAUCACAGGUGGUGGUGUCUGCCUCUCCAAUGGCCAGUCAGACACUCCAGGUGACUGUGCCAGCGACCUCUCUAGUGCAAACACAGCAUGGAGUGCCCCAUGUGACAGUCCAGGGACAUAGGGCUGUCUCAGCCACAAAUAACCCUGUGACCGUCACCCUCACCCCCACAGCUCCUGGCGGUUCCAGCCAGGUACAAGGUAGUCCUGUCACAUACACAGCCACCGCCUUGUCUCAUGGCGGAGGAACACCCACCCAGACCCCUGCAGAGGUGACCAUCUUACAGAGACAGCCUAGUGGUCAGCAGACUGUUCAGAUUCAGCACACACCGUCCCAGACUGGGGCUCAGACUAUACACAUUCAGUCCCAACAGUCAGCCGGCCAGGCUGCUUCCCCUCAAACAUCCCAGGCCAAGGCCACUUACAGUAUGAGAACUAGAAACCAGUCCAAACCACAGUGACUUAGUGAUGUGGAAUAGUUUUAACGUGUGUGGAUAUUCUUGUACUCGCAGUAUGUCUCCAGUCUUGUAUACUGAAUCUACAGUCUUGUCAUGUUGCAGGAAUUAGGAGCUAGGAUAUAGAUGAAGCUUCCAGAGCAAUUGAAUAUCCAUAGAAUGAUUACAGACUAAGAGAAUGAUUCCUUUAUCUGUGGUAGUGAAUAAUGAACUGUUGAGGUACUUAACUAAAAUUAAUAGUAGUCUUACUAAUACAUGUAAUUAUUAAUUUAUAGUGUUGUUUUACCAUCUGUUGAUUAAGAUUGUUAAAAAUGGAAUAAUUAUAUGUUGUUCCAUGGAAGUGUAAACACUGUUAGUUCUCAGUUUGUAUCAAUUGUGCAAUGAUUCAACAAAAUCAACAAUGUCCAGCCCAAGAAAAGCUGUCAUUAAUUAUAAAAAAUAUAAAAAAAUUUUUUAACUAUAUUAAAGAUAAAAUCUAUAUUAAUGAUAAAAUUAUGUCUGAAAUUCUGAACAAAGUUGUUUUGAUUGUUAAUUCCUGUUUUAAUUUAUUAAAAUACCAAUUUAUUUUAAUCAUUUGAUUGGAAUAUUACCAUGCUCCAAAAAAAUGUUCAUGGUAUGAUCAUAAAAACUGUAUUAUUUAAGUGUGUUCAUUGUUUGAUCGAAUAUUUGUACAUGUUUGUAUGUAUUUUCUUGUACAUUGUAUUUAUAAAUUCUUAUCUGUACAUGCAUUUUGCAUAAUAAAGCUGAAAAAUA